CUCACCCUCCUUGGACGAUAGUUCCGCGCCCUCCAGAGAAUAGAAGACGAUGUCCAACGCCGGCGAAGAGCUCAGAAGCGAAAUCAACGAUGAACGUCACCCAAUCCGACGCCGGCAAAGAUAACCCAGUCUUUCAUAUACCCAUUUCACCCUUUUCCCCAAUUUCAGUCGUCUCCCACCCAUGACAGUGCUCCUUGAAACCCAAAACUGAAUUAGGCUGAGCUCAAAAACCAGAAGCAACGUUGCAAAAACGAAUCCCACUCUCUAAGGACAGUAUACAUCACCCUAAGUGAUGCAGGAAACAAUGGGCCUAAGGCCAGCCCCUGAUAUUGAGCCUUGGCUCAGCUGCCACAUUUAGGUAAAACUAAAUUAGUGCACUAGAACAGAGGAGGGCAAGUGGACCUUACAUCUUAGUUUUAGUAGAUAUGUGAGGUUUGUCAAUCCCAAAGUCAUCCUCCACCAAGCCAACGCAACAUCUAUUGCCAAGAAUUACGAAUGUCAGAAACAAGUAACUAUUUCUCCAGUUCUGAUGGCCAUUUUUGUGACUUGGAGAACUGCAGAAUUAGGACGUCCCUGAAACUUCAUUCAUUUGGUAGGAGGUUUUAUAGUUGUCGCUAUUGGUCACCAGAUGAUGACCGUGCAUGCAAGUUCUUUAAGUGGUUAGAUACCAGCAUUUGUUGUACGCGUGGUGCAGCAGUAGCACCUAUAGUUAUUGCCAAAUUCAACCGAUUGGAGCAUGCGGUGGAAGUUGCCAAUGAAGAGUCGAAGCAAGCACAUGCCUUGACAGCUGCAGCAUUGGAAAGGGAGCGAGUUGCAAAACGAAAGUUUGAAAGAGCCAAGGUUGCACGCAUGAUUUCUGAAGAUAAAGCAAAGAAGUUGACAAUAGCUUUAGUAGUCUUGGGGGUCAUGUUUCUAGUAUUGCUUAUUUUGUCUACUAGGUUUGGGGAAGUCAAAAUCAGGCAGAUGUGUCUACCAUAAUGGGAUGUAUAUGUACGUAAUAACUGCAAGUUGUAUUAUUACAUUUGUUUUGUAUGUUAAUUGUACUAUUGCAAGUCAGUUUAUGAUAUGUAUGUAGUUGUACUUUUUAAAACAAUGUGGAGACGUUUGAUGGAGAUAAUGUUAUUGCUAAAUUUAAAGAAGAUUGUAAAUUU